AUGGUUAAUGUUCCAAAGACAAGGAAGACACUUUGCUCAGGCAAGUGCAAGAAACAUCAACUACACAAAGUUUCCCAGUAUAAAAAGGGAAAAGACAGUGUUCACGUUCAGGGUAAAAGGCGUUACGACAUGAAGCAAAAAGGUUUCGGAGGACAAACGAAGCCCAUUUUUAGAAAGAAAGCAAAGACCACAAAGAAAAUUGUUUUGAAACUCGAAUGUACCGUCUGCAAGAAGAAGCACUUCGCUAAACUAAAGAGAUGCAAGAACUUCGAGCUCGGAGGUGAUAAGAAGACCAAGGGCGCUUCAUACUAA